UUACGCACAGACAUCGGACAGGCAGCGGAGCGGCACGAGCCGGUAUAUAAAUAAAUAAAUUCAAUUAAAGAAAACAGCAGAAACCGAAAGAAAAACAAAAACAAAAACAACAAAACAAACAUUUCAUAUUUUCACGUCGUAUAUUGCCGGGAAAACUUUGUGUGGUGUGACUUGCGUUGACUGUGUGCCGUUGAACAACCUUCUCCACACCACAGUCACAACCACACCAGACCAGACCAGUCGCCGGACAGUCGUCGUCGUCUGUCCAAAAGUUCACAUUGACGUCACUUUCCCUGAUCGCAGAGAGUCGGCAGAAAUUUCUAAUCAGCUUGGGGCCUUCGUACCGAGUAUUCCUCUAUGAGAGUGAAUUUCCUGAAGAGAGUUUGUAUGCAUGUACUUUGUGCCCUUUAAGGUGACACACUGCUGAAGAAUAACGACACGCGCCGGAUGCCCUCAGUGUCAAUCGAUUCGGAAAGCCUUGUUCUAUUGCCUAUCGUUCGUGGAAAUCGGCCAAGAGCCAUAGCAGAUGGUCGCAAAUAUUACGCAUAAUUAAUUGAAAAUAGCAAUUGCAAAAUACAUACUAUAAACCCAUGAAGUGCAACGCGCUGCUGAUUAAGUGUCAGAGCGUACUUUAAGUGUACUACGCGAGUGUAAGUAAUCAUCGCAGCAUCGAUGGACCCCAAUGGAACGACCAACUUAUCAGCGCGCGUGAAAAACGAUUUAAAACCAUUGUGAAAACAAAAGUGUAAGUGAAAUCAAAGCAGGCGCGUGUGCACAACUAACGACACAACAAUUGCAAAAAUAAUUAUAAUACAACAAAAAAUAGGAAAAAAAACUAUAAACAAAAAAAAUGUACAAGCAAGCCGAACAAAAUUUAUAACGAAAGAAACCCAUAUUCGUAGUUUUAGUUUUUAGUAUCAGCUCGUAACACCAACGGAGCAGGCCGUGAAGGGGCCACGUCUCUGGUGGCUGUUUGGCAGGUGACUGAAAUACAGAGAGCCAUAGAGCCAUAGAGCCAUAGACUCGUAGAGCCGUAAAUCCGAGAGGCAGGCAGGCAGGCAGCCCACUGGCCAGCCAGCCAGCCAUCAGGCCAGCAGAGAGGAGGUAACAAAAACCGACUGCACGCAGGCCAAACUGUGUCAGUGCUUGGAUGACUUCGACGGCGCUUGUUCCUGUUCCCGAGCUAACCGUGUUAACGGAGUUAACGCUCCCUGCAAGAAACUACCAAAAAGUUAUUACAAAAUAUUGCGAGCACACAUACAAAAUGUUGUACCAACGGCUAAUGCAAUGGUCUGCCACCAAUAGUUGUUGCAGCAGCGGCGGCGGCGGCGUCAACUGCAAAUCGGUUGUGCCCCGAUUGCUGCUGCUGCUGAUGUUGCUGCUGCUGCUGAGCGGACAUAUCGAGUCGGUGGAUGGCCACAAAGUGACGGCCACUCUUAUCACAAACCACAACUAUCCGGUGGAGGAACACACAGUGCACACGCCCGAUGACUACAUUCUCACCAUCUAUCGCAUUCCCACAUCCCCGAAGCUGCAGCUACAGCUGUCGAAUGAGACGAUCCAGAAGCCAGUGGUAUUCCUGCAGCAUGGCAUACUCUGUGCCUCCGAUGACUGGAUCAUCAAUGGGCCGGAAACAUCGCUGGCCUACAUGUUCGCCGAUGCGGGAUACGAUGUGUGGCUGGGCAAUGCACGGGGCAAUACAUACUCCCGCCAGCACAAGCACAUCCAUCCGGAUAACUCGGACUUUUGGAAGUUCAGUUGGCAUGAGAUUGGGGUGUACGAUCUGGCUGCCAUGCUGGACUAUGCCCUGUCGGCGAGUAGUGCCAGUUCGCUGCACUUUGUCGCCCACUCGCAGGGCACGACGACGUUCUUUGUGCUCAUGUCCUCGCUGCCGUGGUACAACGAGAAGGUGCGAUCGGUGCAUCUACUCGCUCCGAUUGCCUACAUGCGCAAUCACUCGUUCAUCCUGUCCAAGCUGGGAGGCAUCUUCCUGGGCUCCCCCUCAUUCCUGAGUUGGGUGCUAGGCAGCAUGGAGCUGCUGCCCAUCACCAGCAUGCAGAGACUGAUGUGCGAGCAUGUCUGCUCGGAGGGAUCCAUGUUCAAGUUCCUGUGCUCGGGCCUGCUCGACUUUAUCGGUGGCUGGGGCACGCGACAUCUCAAUCAGACCCUUUUAACGGACGUUUGUGCCACCCAUCCGGCGGGCGCCUCCACCAGUCAGAUCAUCCAUUACCUGCAGCUGUAUAACUCCGGGGACUUUCGGCAGUACGAUCAUGGCCGGGAGCAGAACGAGAUCAUCUACCAGCAGGCCACGCCGCCCGCCUACAAUGUGAAAAACAUAAACAGCUGCGUCCACAUGUAUUACAGCGAUAACGACUACAUGUCUGCCGUCGAGGAUGUCGAGUAUCUGGCCUCCCUGCUGCCCUGCGCCGAGCUCUACCGCAUUCCCUACUCGGACUGGAAUCACUAUGACUUUCUCUGGUCCAUCAAUGUGAAGGAAGUGAUCAACAAUAGGAUAAUCGACAAAAUGGAACGAUACGACAUAGAACACGCCACAGGAAUGAGUAUCUAGCGAUGAGCGGAUGAAAGCCACCCCAGCCUCUAUAGCGGGGUAACAGAACCAUGUUAGCCAAUUCUAAGCACUGUACAUAAUGUAUAUACUCGUAAUUUUACUAAUUCUAUGAUAAUUCGAUGAUAGCUAGCAAUGAUAAUGCGAUAAUGAGCCUGUGCGUGAUAUUUUAGUUUUUAAUUAGCCCGUAAGUGUGCUUAAGGUUUGUGAAUCAGCUUUUACGAAUUUGUUUUAUAUACAUACAUACAUACAUACAUUUUCCAUGCAUUGCAAAAUCUACUAGAGUUCCAUUUUUGAAUUUGACGCCAUUUCACAUGCGGCUAGGCAGCCAUGGCAUGGAUAACGUGAACCACUAAGCCAGGGAACCGGUUCAGAGUAUACUUUCAACAAUUGUUUUUAGUAUUAAGUUAUUGUUACCGUUUUUGGGCUUGAACGUUCAUUCUGUCACUGCUUUCCAUCUACGAGUAUUUGUUUUCUCCGUUUUGUCUAGGGCCGAGUCUCCUCUUUCUCCGAAUCCAGCGGGGUUCCAUUGAAGCUAGUUUAGGGGAAAAUAAGAAACAGUAUUGUGAUUAAAAUUUAUCCGCUUAAUAAAUCAAAAUGUACUAAAGACAGUUAAGUUUUGUUAGGAGAGUUUUUGGUGUACAUUUCGUAUGAAUAUUAUUUGGAACCAUAUGAAUAUAC